AUGUCGGAGACCAAUGAGAUCACGACGCAAAGUACAACGCUUGUUGGGUGUUCCGAAGAUGAUGCAUUGUUGUCCAGAGUUAAGCAGUCACUCUUACUUUCUGCCCAGCACAGCAGGGAGCAGAUGAAGUCGGAUGGGCACUGGUGUGGUGAAGUUAAAACAAACGCAACGACAACCGCGGAGUACGUCUUCCUAUACCAGGCUCUAGGUCUAGACCUUAAGCGAGAUCGAGAAGCAAUCAUCUCCUGGCUACUUUCCGAGCAAAGGUCAGACGGUUCUUGGAGCAUUGCCACAUAUUACCCAGGGGAUAUUUCAGUAACAGUAGAGGCUUACCUUGCUUUGAAAGUCCUGGGUGUCUCCGAGGUGAGCGCCGCAUUGCAGAAAGCUCGCAACUUCGUCAUUGCGUCUGGUGGUAUGGCCAAGAUCCGCAUUUUCACUCGGAUAUACCUCGCCAUGUUCGGCCUCUUUCCCUGGACCGCCGUCCCAGAGUUGCCCCCCGAGCUAAUCCUCGUGCCAUCCAUGUUCCCUAUUUGUAUCUACCAAUGGUCGGCAUGGGCGCGGGCUACUGUUGUUCCGCUCCUGGUUAUCUCUCACCAUCGUCCAAUCUACCCCCUUCCAAAUGGAAAGUCUGAGCCCAACACGUACCUGGAUGAACUCUGGUGCAACCCCACGGAUAAGAUGGCUCCCUACGCUGAUGGUCUGUUGGAAUCAUGGGGGUUGGAAAACGUCGCCUUUGCGUUCACCUUCAUUGAUUCAAUUUUACAUCGCUUGAAUGGCCUGAGAUCGUUCAAUCCCGUCCGUCGGUAUGCCAUCCGGAGGUGCGUCGAGUGGAUCCUUGGACACCAAGAGGAGGCGGGCGAUUUCGGCGAUAUCAUGCCGCCACUGCAUGGAGCUAUGUUUGCUCUGACCUUGGAAGGGUACCGACUUGAUUCGGAUCCUAUCCAACGAGGACUGAAAGCCAUUGAACGCUUUGCGUGGUGUGACAAGCGCGGGAAGAGAAUUCAAACUACAGUUUCCGCUUUUUGGGACACCAGCUUGAUGAUUGUUGGCCUCAGUGAUGCAGGAAUGACAGCAAAAAACCCGUUGCUGACAAAAUCUAUGGCGUGGGUCCGAGGCCGACAGAUCCGCACUAAACACGGUGACUGGAUGGUAUACAACCCCAAACUGGAACCGGGUGGCUUUAGUUUUGGGUACUUCAACACAUGGUAUCCCGACAUGGAUGACACGGCGGCAGCUGUUGUGUCGAUGAUCAGACAAGACUCUGAUUCGGUGCAUUCGUCCUGUGUUUUGGAUGCGCUGAAAUGGCUUCUGGGUAUGCAAAAUAAAGACGGCGGCUGGGGCGCUUUCGAUCGAGACAACAAUAAUCUGUUUCUCAAUAAGAUCCCUUUCAGUGAUAUGGACACCUUGUGUGACCCGUCCACUGCAGACGUCAGUGGUCAUGUCCUUGAGACCUUCGGCCUGUUCCUCUCAGUCAGCAGGCAGCACAAAACGUGGAUUGUUGAGAAUGAGCUUGUCGAUCGUCUUACGUCCGCUUCGCAAAAAGCGAUUGAUUACCUGUCUGGCAUGCAAGAACCCUCAGGUGCUUGGUACGGGCGCUGGGGUUGCAACUAUAUAUACGGAACUAGUGCUGCCCUCUGCGCACUGGCGUAUUUUGUUGGCACCAGGGUGGACAACAUAUGGACGGAGAAGGAUGAUAGCAUCCAUGAUGGUGUUUAUAAUGCAAUACAAUGGUUGGAGACGACACAAAACCAGGACGGCGGCUGGGGAGAGACACUGCACUCCUAUAAGGAUCCUCUGCGAGCUGGCUCCGGUCCAUCAACGGCAUCACAAACAGCUUGGGCCCUUAUGGGCCUGAUCCCCUACUUACCACCGUCGACAAGAGUGGUCAGCAAGGGGGUAGAGUAUCUGUUGCGAACACAGACGAAGGCCGGCCUUCAAGGGGCGACAUGGCAUGAGGAAUAUUUUACCGGGACUGGGUUCCCGAACCAUUUCUAUAUCAGAUACUCACUUUACCCUCACUACUUUCCGUUGAUGGCGCUUGGUCGGUACGCAAGGGCGAUGGGACAACAUCCUCUGAGUGAAUUUGUAUCUCCCACACACACCCAAUCUUAG